AUGGGUGCGAAAUGCCAAAAUCUAGAAUUAUGCAUGGAAUGCUCAAAUGAGUAACCCUAAGAAUGUAUGAGAUGCGCAGGUCUUGAAUCGGAUAAUUUCUUUUGUUUGACUCCUAUCAACGAGUAAGAAAGUAAAGUAUGUAUUGAAGGUGAGUCUUUAAUUAGUGAUAAUCUGAAGCAAUGCUCAGAUUGCAAUGAUGAUAAUCAGUUUAUAAAAACUAUCUCAAGAUGCACUUUCAAAGAUGACGGCCAAUAAAAUUAAAUUGUUUCAGAGAUUCUUGCUUGCAAAAAUGGGUUUGUCAAGGAUGGAGUCUGUGUCCUCAACUGCGGAACAGGAUAUUACGGGAAGUCAUUGUUUGAUGAAAGAGGGCUAAUAAAACAGUCUUUUUGUCUGAAAUGCUCUGAUGACUGCUUUGAAUGCAUUGACUUAGGAAAAUGUACUUCAUGCUAAAAAGGAUUUUAUUUAUAGACUGAGGUUAAUAAAACCUUUGGCUCAUGUUUUCCAAAGAUACAACAGUACUUUGAGACAACAAUCUAUGUUGAUCCUUUUUUUUCAUUUGCUAUUCCUUCUAAUGAUAAUACAGGAGUUUACAAUAACCCCUUUAGAGAUAUCUAAACAGCUUUAACAAAAGGGUAUGAGUUGGGAGCUAAGUUUCUUCAAUCUAAAAUUUUCAUUAUUCUUAAAGCAAGUGAAAACAAGCAUCAUGCUAUGCUCAGAUAAUAUUUAGAUUUCAACCUUUCUACAACCUAUGACUAGUAUUAGAUGCAGAAUUGUGAAAUUGCUAGCUUCGGCUCGUUCAUUAAUUUUGAUACCAGUCCAAUAUCUGCUUUGAAAGGUCCAUAAACUCUAAUCAUUUAAGUAUAAUAGCUCAUUUCCCAGUCUAAUUCAAACCUAUCAUUAAGUGGCUGUGCAUAAUUCUAAACUGAUUCUGAUCUCCCUUGUUUUUCAAUUGACAUCACUAAUUCAACUUUCAAAAGCAUUGGCUCAAUGAAGAAAAGUUUAAAUUCAAUUUUUAUCAACUCGACUACUUAAUAAUAGCAUUAUGGAAGUAUUUUGGAUCUUGAAGAUUUUAGAGGAGACAUUAAAAUUAGAGCUAGUAAUUUUACUAAAAAUUAGGUCAAAUACUAGGGUUGUGUAGCUGCAAAACAAAUAUACGAAAAUUUAAAUCCUUAAGUGACAGAUUAAUAUCCUAGCCUUGGAAAUAAAACUGAAGUUAAAAUACACUCCUUAAUUUCAAUAACUAACCACAGCUAUAAUGUAGAAUUAAUUGGCAAUAUUUUUGGGGAAAAUAGUGGAACAAAAGGAAUUAUAGACUUAGAUAUUAAUAAGAAGAAUGACAAUAAAAUCCUGAUCGCACUUAAUUAAUUCAAACUUAACUUUGGUUUCUCAGAAUCAACAGUUCUCUAUAUUAAUCAUAGAGUUGAAUAAUUGAAUCACCUGGAAUUGGUUAUGGAAAACUAAAAUUAGGAAGGAUUUUGUUCAGGAUUUCAUUUAAUAAAAAACAACUUUGAAUAAAAUUUAGGAUGUCCGUUAUAUUCUGGAGGACUUAUCAGCUAUUAAUGUCUUGAAAAGAACUAACCUCCACUAAAAGUAAAUGAUACAUAUUCUUUGAAUAUGCCCACCAUAAAUUUGGAUGAGAUUGAAUUUGAUUGGGUUGAAAAAUUGCACAAAACUUAGGUAUAUUAAGAUAAUUUACUAGAAUAUGACUUAAAUAUGAACUCAUUACAGUCAAAUAUUUACCAGGGUAACUACGGUACUGGCGGAAAAGGACUCAUAAGCAUUUAUGGAAGCUUAAGACUAAUAUUAAAUGGUGAAAUUCUAAUUAAAAACGGAGAAUCCUGUGAUGAAAUUUUAAACUCUGACUAAUUUAGAGUAAUAUUUGGCACUUACUUCUCUGACUAUUUAAGCUUUGUAAAUGCUAUGAAUCAGUUUAUUGAUUAUUAAAAUAAAUUUGAAAAAAAUAGAUUUUCUAAUUACAAGAGCUUAGGUAGUUGCACUUGA